AUCAGAUAAACAAAUGAAAAAUCAAAAAGUGUAUAAUCCUAACCACUAAUCACAGAUAGCAACAACCACUCAGCUGACCCAAUAUGGGUUUCUUGAACGACCUCCGAUCACUCACUUUCCGAUUAUUUAUCAACAAUCGGCCCGAUUCCAAUUCGUCCAAACCCUUCCAUCAACCCGUACCCGAAUCCGACAGCAGAGACACCAUAACACGUGUUCUCACCGGAUUCGGCAAAUUCGCCGUUGAUUCUGCUUGUAAUGAUGCUCUCAAAGGUGGAAACGUUUAUAAAAUAGUCAAGGAAGGAUUAAAGGAUCACUCUCCUGUAGAUUCCGCAAAUCUGAACAGUAAACCACGACAUACGUUAAUGAUGGAGGAGAUGCAGGCACGUAUGGUGAAAAUGGAGGAGGAUUUGCAUAUUAUAAGGCUAGAUGAUGAAGAUUCAAUCUUAUGUGCCAAGGAUUUGGAUCCUCGUAAGGAUGAGCCAGCCGAAUCCAAUGAAACAUCGGCCCCUGCGAAAACUGAUGUCAAGAAGGUUUUCAUUCGGUCACGAUUGUGAAGAGAGCUUGAUUUGAGGGGUUGUACAAUACUUGUGCGUUUACAGGUACUGAUAUACGAUAUUAGAUUGUAAUAUACAUAUGCCUUUUGCAGUUUUGUUGCUCUAAGUUGGAAUAAAUGCUGUUACUUAUCGAUAUGUAUGUUAUAUCUGGUAUGGUUGGUGACACAUUUCAAAUUAGAGUAUGAAAUUUUUAUUAAGUA